GCAUGCACAUAUCGCUGACAGGAUACAACCGGCUAAACAGGAAUAAUUCAGUUAUGUUUUAAACAGAUUAUUCGUUUUUUUUUUUAUUUGUGAGUAGUAGAGUUAGGCCGAGGGAAAAUGUCCAUAUUAUUGACUGACGUCCCGACGUGACCGAGAAAAUGCCGACAAAAACCCCAACUGCUGUUGUGUUGAUACAAACAAAAUGACAGAUUGACAGGUUUCUUAGUGGAAACGAAUGCUAACAGAGGAUAUGGCGACUCAGAAUGACUGCUGUGUCAAAGUUUCUGUCAGGAUCCGGCCUCAGAUGGCAAAGGAGAAGAUUGAGGGCUGCCACAUCUGCACCUCAGUGACUCCUGGUGAGCCACAGGUUCUGUUGGGUAAAGACAAAGCCUUUACGUAUGACUAUGUGUUUGACUUGGACGCCCAGCAACAACAGAUUUACAGUGCUUGUGUGCACAAGCUCAUCGAAGGCUGCUUUGAGGGAUAUAAUGCUACAGUCUUUGCCUAUGGACAGACUGGCUCAGGAAAGACGUACACGAUGGGCACAGGUUUUAAUGUAAGUGUAAGUGAGAAUGAACAGGGCAUCGUUCCCCGUGCUGUGCAUCAGCUUUUCCAGGGCAUCCAGAGACGACGGACUGAGGCUCAGGAAAGUGGCACUCACCCACCUGAAUUCAAAGUCAGUGCCCAAUUUCUGGAGCUCUAUAAUGAGGAGAUCCUGGACCUGUUUGACAGUGCACGUGAUUCUGAGGCUCGAGCCAGGAAGUCCAGCAUUAAAAUCCAUGAGGAUGGCAAUGGAGGCAUAUACACCUCAGGAGUGACCUCACGUCUAGUCAGCUCAGAGGAAGAGCUCCUUCAAUGUCUAAAGCUGGGUGCUCUGUCUCGCACCACCGCCAGCACCCAGAUGAAUGCCCAAAGUUCUCGUUCCCAUGCCAUCUUUACCAUUCACCUGUGUCAGAUGAGAGUGUGUCCUCAGCCCCAGAUGGUAAAUAGUGUAGCUGAUGAUUCUGUGUCUCAGCCUGAGUAUGAGACCCUCAUGGCAAAGUUUCACUUUGUGGAUCUGGCUGGAUCUGAGCGACUUAAACGCACAGGAGCCACUGGGGAGCGAGCACGAGAGGGUAUCUCCAUCAACUGUGGCCUGUUGGCCCUGGGUAAUGUGAUCAGCGCACUGGGAGACCAAAGUAAAAAGGCUGGUCAUGUGCCUUACAGAGACUCCAAACUUACCCGCCUGCUACAGGAUUCGCUUGGGGGGAACAGUCGGACAGUUAUGAUAGCCUGUGUCAGUCCCUCAGACCGUGACUUUAUGGAAACAUUAAACGCUCUGAAAUACGCUAAUCGGGCACGCAACAUCAAAAACAAGGUGGUCGUGAACCAGGACAAAACAAGCCAGCAAAUCAAUGCUCUACGUGCCGAGAUUGCCCGUCUGCAGAUGGAGCUCAUGGAGUACAAGACGGGGAAACGAGUAGCUGGUGAGGAUGGCUCAGAGGGCUUCAGUGAUUUGUUUCAGGAAAACUCCAUGCUGCAGAGAGAAAACGAGAACCUGCGUAUGCGUGUGAAAGCCAUGCAGGAGACCAUUGAUCACCUUAACACAAGAGUCACCCAACUACUUACUAAUGAGAUCAACCUGCUGCUUACCAAAACAGGUGAGACUAAUGAGGAAAUAGGUAAUCUAAUCCAAAACUAUAUUAGAGAAAUUGAAGAGCUGAGAUCUAAAUUGUUGGAGAGCGAGGCAAUGAAUGAGUCUUUGAGACGCAGUGUAUCUCGCCUUUCCUCUCGCUCUCCUUACCCUGUGUCUCAUGCACAUCCAACCGGGCACCCUCUGGGCUCCUCCCUUUCUAUGUCCAUGGAGGCUGAGAUCACGGAUGUAAUUCACAGAGCCAAGCUAGACAUCGAGCGGCUAAAAAAGAAGGAGAGAAACCAGAGACGCAAGAUUCCGGAACAGGAGAAGGGCUUAAAGAAGAAGGUGAAGCUCCUUGCUCAGGAGAAUGAACAGGUCAGUGAGCGCAGAGAAAAUGGAGACGGGGACUCUGACAAUGAGGCUGAUGAGGAUGGCAUGUACCCUCUGCCUGAGGAGGAGAGUGGCUGCGACGAGGAUGAUGAGGAGCAGGAUAUACGAGAGGAGGAAGAAUUUGACAGUGAUGAGAGCCUGGUGGACUCCGACUCUGACUCAGAUGAAAAAGCUAAUUUCCAGGCAGACCUGGCAGAUCUGAUCUGUGAGAUUGAGAUCAAGCAGAAGCUUAUUGAUGAGUUAGAAAACAGCCAGCGGCGGCUGCUUACACUAAAGCUCCAGUAUGAAGAGAAGCUAAUCCUGCUACAGAAUAAGAUCCGAGAUACACAGCUGGAGAGAGAUCGUGUACUGCAGAACCUAAUGUCAAUGGAGAACUACACAGAGGAGAAGGCCAACAAGGUCAAAGCACAGUAUGAGAAGCGUCUUAAGGAGAUGAACAGAGAUCUGUUGAAGCUGCAGGCAGCACAAAAGGAGCAUGCGCGUCUGCUGAAGAACCAGAGCCGCUAUGAGAGAGAACUCAAGAAACUACAGUCUGAGGUGGCAGAAAUGAAGAAAGCCAAGGUGGCUUUAAUGAAGCAGAUGAAAGAGGAGCAGCAAAGGAGAAGGGUGAUUGAGGCCAAAAGAAACAGAGAGAUUGCUCACCUCAAGAAGGAACAGCGACGACAAGAGUAUCAGAUCCGUUCUUUGGAGUCACAGAAGUGGCAGCAGGAGAUUGUUCUUAGGAGAAAGACUCAGGAGGUGACAGCUCUGAGACGGUUGGCUAAGCCUAUGUCAGAGCGCGUAGCUGGCCGCAUUUCCCAUCGUCCAUCCAGCCACGACUCCGGAGCUGAGCUCUCGGCCAGCACCACGUCUUCUGACCCUGAGACAAGCCGCUCUGUUUCCAGCAUUGUUCGGCAAUGGAACAACAAGCUAAAUGGCUAUCUGGGAGAGAGUGAGGGAUCUGGGGGAGGAUCAUCCUGUCUGUCCAGUGGUAGAAAGAAGUUUCAGAGAAAAGGGGUAAACACCAGCUUCUCAAAGUCAGCCAGGCAAAAGUGGCAGGAUCUGGAGAGGAGGGUAAUGGACAUUGUAAUGCAGAGGAUGACCAUUGCCAAUGUGGAGACAGACAUGGACCGUCUUAUAAAGAAACGAGAGGAGCUGUCCAUGCAGCAGGAGGCAGUGUUACGUAAGCGAGAGGCGCUCCUUACCAAAGGGUCUUGGGAAAAGGAGGAUGAGGGAGUUGUUCAGGAGUUAAACGAAGAAAUUGAGGUGCUGAAUGCCAACGUUGACUACAUCAAUGACAGUCUGUCUGAUUGUCAGGCAACCAUUGUUCAAAUCGAAGAGACAAAGGAUGAGCUGGACUCAGUGGACAUGUCGGUGGUCAUCAGCUCCUGCUCCCUGACUGAAGCUCGCCACCUGCUGGAUCACUUCCUGAAGGCUUCCAUAGAUAAAAAUUUGCAGGUAGCACAAAAAGAAGCUCAGAUCCGUCUGUUAGAGGGGCAGCUUCGUCAGACAGAUGUGAUUGGCUCUGCCCAUAACCACAUGAUCUUGGAUGCAUUGAGAGAAAAAGCGGAGUGCAUACCAGAGUUGCAGGCUCUUAUUCACAACGUCCAACAGGAGAAUGGCUAUGCAAGUACAGACGAGGAGGUGUCAGAGUUUAGCCAGACCUCAGAAACAAGUUACUCUCAAAUGAAAUCAUCAGCCAGUCAAGAUGACCUUAAGAUCAAGGCUGAGCCUCGCAUCGCUGGUCAGAUGAAGGCCAUCUCAGCUGAAUACUUGGGCCCAGUCCUAGACUGCACCACCAAGAACAUCACAAAGUCUCUGGCCUCUCUGUCUGAGAUUCAGGAGAACGGUUUGGGUUAUGUUCUGCGUGAAACCUACUCUCGAGAAAGUGUAUCCCGUACUGUCAGCCUUCCUGUUCGAGGACACACGUUUCCCAGGCAGUCCAGAAUAUCAGACCCAUUUCCAUUCAACAGAAGGCCAUCCUAUGACAGAAGCCAGUCAUAUAGGCCUCCAGAGUCUAUCUACACACCUCCUUCAUCCCCUCCCCUCCGUACCCGCAACGACCGCAACGUGUUCUCCCGCCUCACAAGUAACCAGAGCCAGGGCUCUGCACUGGACAAGUCUGAUGACAGCGACUCCUCUCUCUCGGAGGUCCUCAGGGGUGUGAUCAGUCCCAUGGCAGGUCUGAAGGGAGGCAGGACGGCUCCUCUGCAGUGUGUGGCUAUGGCUGAGGGGCACUCUAAGCCUGUGCUCUGUCUCGAUGCCACAGACGAACUACUCUUCACUGGAUCCAAAGAUCGUACCUGUAAAAUGUGGAACCUGGUGACUGGGCAGGAGAUAGUGACAUUAAGAGGGCAUCCCAACAACGUGGUGUCUGUCAAAUACUGCAGCAACACUGUCCUUGUUUUCACUGUCUCCACCUCCUACAUCAAAGUGUGGGAUAUCCGGGACUCAGCCAAGUGUGUGCGCACCUUCACGUCCUCAGGUCAGGUGGUAUCGGGAGAUGCCUGUGCAGGCACCACUACCCGCACCAUUACCACCACUCAGGGUGAGUACCAGAUCAACCAGAUUGCCCUGAAUCCAUCCGGCUCUGUACUCUAUGCUGCAGCAGGAAACACGGUCCGAACCUGGGACCUAAACAGAAUGCAGUCCACUGGAAAGCUGACAGGUCACAUCGGCUCAGUCAUGUGUCUAACAGUGGGCUACUCUGGUGGAGGAAAAGACCAGGUCAUCACUGGUUCCAAAGAUCACUAUGUCAAGGUUUUUGAUGCUACAGAAGGCAUGCAGGGCAACAUUGGCCCAGCUCACAACUUUGAGCCGCCUCACUAUGACGGAAUUGAGUGCCUGUCCGUCCACGGAGAUGUGUUGUUUAGUGGUUCUCGUGAUAACGGCAUAAAGAAGUGGGAUCUGGCACAGCAGGAACUGAUUCAGCAAAUCCCAAAUGCCCAUAAGGACUGGGUGUGCGCACUGGCCUAUGUACCUGGGCGACCCAUGCUGCUGAGUGCCUGCCGGGCAGGCAUGCUGAAGGUGUGGAACGUGGACAACUUCACACCUAUUGGAGAGAUCAAGGGUCAUGACAGCCCGAUUAAUGCAAUCUGCACCAACUCCAAACAGAUCUUUACUGCCUCCAGUGAUUGUAGGGUGAAGUUAUGGAGUUAUGUGCCGGGUCUCACGCCCUGUUUGCCCCGUCGUGUUCUGGCAAUCAAGGGCAGAGCCACCAGUCUCCCUUAAGCCUCUGAGCCUUCACCUCUUGCCUCUGCUCUCUGGUACUGCCUUUUCUCUUCAGCUUUUUCAUUUGUGUCUUACUGUUUUCUUUUUCUUUUCUGUUGUAUUCUCUUUUUCUGUUUCCUUUCUGUGACUCUGCCUUAUCUCCUAUAAAGUCCAAUUGGCAUGGUGGUAAUGGUCAGAUUAAAGGAAUGUGAAGCCUGGACACUAAAAUGGGGAAGAGAGAUACAUUCAGGCUUUUGGAAAGCUGGGCAACAGAAAACUUAAAAAGGAAACCUAAUCUUUCUUACAAAAGCACAUAACAUUAGAUUGUGAGGGCAUCUCCUGUGCACAGCACUCUUUAGGUCACUCCACAGUUUUUCAAUUCGAUUCAGGUCUGAGCUCUGGCUGGGCCAUUCCAAAAUUAUUUUCUGAUUAAAAUUAUUUUGUUAAUUUGGAGGAAUUUUUCGAGUCACUGCUGUGCUAAAAGGUAAAGUUUCACUUCAUUUUCAGCUUUUCAGC